AUGCGGUCUCCGGUAGUACUUUUCUGGCUUCUUGGUCUUACUGUCUUAGCGGCUUCCCUUCAGCCGCAAGACCCAGCAGACCUCGAUCAGCUGGUGGACGAGGUGAGCACCGCGACGGCGGAGGAGGAGGAACGCGAGCUGCACGGAGACGAGGUUCUGGCCCCAGCGCGGAUUCCACUGAGGCCACUUGGGCGCUUCGCCGGUCGCGCCAUUAGAUCGGGUGCGCGAGUGGUCGGACGGGUUGCAAGGAAGGUCUGGUCGGGUGCCAAGAGGGUUGGCAGAGCCGUGUGGCGCCGCGUCAGCAUCCCUCUGUAGUGGCCCAAGAAGAAGGACAAGAAGAAGAAGAAGAGAUAAACGUCUGUUGUUACAGCAGCCCGUCGAAAUUGUUGUUUAUUUUCUAAAUGAAAAUUUUAUGAAAUUAGUUCAUCUGACCAGAAGUUUCAACGUUGAGUCUUGUGCUUUCUGCGGACGGAAGGCCGCAUGACAUGAAACGAGGGUUCGCACGGCAGUGUCGCGACUUCUAUCACGGGGUGAACUUCGGGUAAACGGGUGCAGAAUUUAAGGCAUGAUGUAUGAUAGUUACUCCACAUUAAUUUCGGAUUUUCAUAAAUAACUACAUAUUUCGAGUUCCCGUGGUGUGCCUGCAUAUUAGAACGCAGUUAACCUCCAUUUUUGCAGCAAUCGGACACUCGAUGGGGGAUAUUUUCAUUUCUCAGCCAGUUUUAUUAUAUGUUAACGCAUUCAUAAAGGUAAAAAACUGGACUAUUUGCCUUAUUCGUCAGGCAUGUAAAGAGCGUUUAUUUGGACACAUAUCUGUUAGGUUGGAGUCAGCAAUUUAGAAGAGUUCGGCUCGAAAGUAGACCUCCUAUAUUACAGUGUAAUUAAAUAUCAGGAGUCGGAAGAUUCGAUUAUUCAAAAUUCCUUCCAUGCAUUGGGGAACCACACACAGCCUUGAGACUGUGAUUGCAUGAAAUUACACCGCCGACUAUACUUCGCAUUCAGCGGGUACACCCUAAGAAUUGGGUUGGCUAUCUGAAUAAAAAAAGUAGCCGUCUACAAUGCUGCGAGUGAUGACUGCGACGUCAUAUAUUGAUGCCAAACUGGAAAGUCUGCUUCUGUCUGCAUGCAGCAGUGUCAACUGGCAGUUAGGGCGGCAGACCAUCUGUCGCACGUGUCCAUGAAUGCCCUAAAAAGCAGGCAAACCUUUACUAUGGACAAUAUACCAGAAGGAAAAUUGGAGACAUUAGUCGAUCGAUACAAAAUGGCGCACACGACAGUCCACGGGCGCAGACAAGUAUUGAUUUUCUGAACAUGUUCGAAGCUUUUGUCAUUUUUGCGCACUAACUCAACGCUUGACGGCAACCUACGUAACUGGAGUUGGAUAUAUUUACCAAAUAAAGCUUCCUUAUUUUCCCAAAAAACAUAUUUACGUCAAAAAUCCAAAGUUUCCGCUAUUGUUUGCAAUAUGGUGUCAACCCGUUUGAGUUGGCGACCAUUGACUAAGUACCCAUCCAGACCUUUUUCCGGCGCGAAAUGCACCACGAGUAAUCUGUGGGCUGCAGCUUCUGAUUACGCUCACUGCUGAAAUUUGUACUGAUCCAAGGACACCGCACCCAUGGAUUACCGCCAGCCCUUUCAACACUAGCGCCACAUGCCUCUAUUCUACUCAGUCCCCAGAGAAAAAACGGUUGCUUAGAAAGUCUAUCGAAAAGUUGACGGUGUGUAUACGUUAUACUGCGCUGACUGAAUCGCUACAUUGAUUCUAUGGCCAGCCCGAUUACAGACGUAACCACUUUUAACCACGUCUAUAGGGUCGAGAUUUAUGGUUGGAUCUCGUUUUGUUAACAUGGUGAGGAACGGAACGUUGUCAAAAUCCUUAUGAUCGGAAAGGACUAUGUGAUUGGACUAAUCCUAAUGGAAUCCCUUAGAAUUUCGUCUCUUAAGCCAGACCAAACGUCUAGUUUGACAAUUCUCUUAUACGUUCUUGAGGUUACCGGUCAUCCUGAUUCCAGUAGCCUUCUCUCAAAACUUCUUCCUGACUGAAUACCUAUGAUCUUCGCCGAAAAUUAUAAUGAAUACUCUUCACACUUCCCACUGACCGGCAUAUUUUUUAUAUUGUCCUCCAAGUCUUCGAAAUGCCUUCUGAUUUAGUCAGCUUGCUAUUUGACAGACAGCAAUCAUGACAUAAAUAAGGGGAACUAGGUCAGUCUGUUAAUUUAAUUUCGUCUUAUGGAUUUCUCAGAUUUCUGCACUUGAGGACGAUUAUUGGUCUUACAACUGAACAUUCAGCUGCCCACCGAUGGCGCAAUCUGAUGUUAAAAACAGACCUCCGCAAACAAAUUACUCGAAGGCCCAUCCUUCACUAUAACGUAUUUUAAUGUUAAAUGAGUUCGUGCGCGACAGCGUACUCUCUUACUUCGCCCUGUCGUGUUAUCACCUACGAUGUCAAGUAUGUCUAAAUAUAUCUUGCUACUAAUAGAAAAUAGGUAGUAGAACCAUAUGUAUGAUAGGUGCGCGUCUUCAGUAAGAUAAGUAUGGAAGGACAGUGUGCAGGAUGCAUUUUCAAGCCUUCGUUAUUUCUGUGCACUCCAAAACACCCCGGCGUUUCAACUAGAUUCUAGUGCGCACAAAAUUAAAGCAACAUAUUUUUUAUCAGACAACUGUACUUGUCACAUCAUAGUCAUACAAAACGACCUCUUGGCCCGCAUAUCUGGCCCAAUUUAAAGGCUGGCAGUAUAAUUAAUAACGUUGUGGGCAUUAGAAUAUUAAGACAACCGUGCUUCUACCUCAUGAAUAUUCAUCGUACAAAAUUUUCCCAAACCGAGGCACUCCUUUCGUGCAAUAAUGUAAUUCGAAGGCGUUGAGCAUUUCUUGUGGAAAUUUGGACUGGAGAUCCGCGAACACCAAUACUCAUUCAAAUGCAUACUUUCUAGGUUGCGUUUCUUUUAAAGUGAAAUGACUCUGCCGGUAUCCAAAUUUAGUUGACAUUUUGUUCCAGACUAGUCAAAGGCGUUUAACGUAUCUAAAUGUGCAGUUUUGCGACUAGAAUCUGGUCGGAGGCCCUUCUCAAAAUACCAUUUUACCAUAAAUGGGGCUCAACUAAAAGAAGUGGACACGUACAAAGACCCAGGUGUCUGGACAUGUUCAAACUUGCUGCCCUCCCAACACUGCAAAAGAGUCGUCCAAAAGACAACCUGCAUUAUGCACUGGAUUAGGCGUGCCUUCCAAAUCUUUCCUCCCGAACAAUUCUCACAGAUAUUUAGCACGUUCGUCAGACCACAUUUGCAAUACGGAAUGCCAUCAUGAAUGUCCUAGAUGAAGAAACACAGUGAUGCCAUAGAGCAGGUGCAACGACGGGCCACAAAACUGAUGGACGGUCUCAGUACUCUGCUAUAUUCAGAAAGACUAAUCCAACUAAACUUGUUCCCCCCUAUCCUAUAGAUGAAUGAUGUGUGACCUGUUAUGGACAUUCCGCAUCAUCUACGGGUAUGAGUGUUCGCUGAGACCUGAAGACUCCUUUGAAUUCACGACCAUGAGUCACCUGCGCAGUCAUCCGUGCAAAGUCAAGCGGGAGCGUACACGCCUAGACCAUCGAAACUUUCCCUUCGUCCACCGUGUUGUUUGACUGUGAAACUCACUCCCAAGUCAAAUAUUCCCAUCUGAUUCAUUAGCUAUAUUCAAAUGGCAUCUGGGUCUUUCGACCAUUGGUAAAUGACGACUCUCACUGCAGGAUUAUCUGCGGCCAGCCAUAAAUUUCAUUUCGUGACUUCAUCCCUAUGUAACACAUACCUGACAUUUAAUGAAAUUUUCCCUCUCAGACUACGCGAAUGGCUGCACUUUAUGCUGAUUGUAUAUAAUUGCACUUAAAAUUCCAUAUGUACUUUGGAAAGACCGCCUGCCGCACCUUUCGCAGUCACGCACUAUGAAAACGUUUUCCGCAAACAAAUAUGUUACUAGCAAACGUUAAGUAAGAUGUGUGUUUACCAUUUAUAUUGUAUGGAACGUUUUCAAUAGGGUCAUCCAGGGCAUUGCCUAUUACCCUUAAAUACCCUUCGAUUAUCCGCUGUCACCUCUGUUGUGCCCUGUUGACACACUGUGACGACUCGCGACCGUCUACCUUGCAAGAAAAACGACACCUCCUUGUGCCGAGGCUGCCUGCUUUCUCGGAUGCCGUGACGGUGCAACAUAUGACUUGCUCCCCUCGGCUUCUACGAGACGUGCGUGAAGGCGACUCGAAUUUCUCAUGCCAGAGUAUGUCAAAAAGGCCAUUAUUAGAAGGACGCAUUACGGCCUGAGCCUCUGUCCUCAGGCCGAUUUAUAUCGUCAGUCCAACUUUUAGUGCGUCGUAACAGACUAAAUUGGUUGACGUCAGCACCCGGGGUUGAUGGUUCGCUGGCCAAUGAAGGCAGAUACGCUGAAAAAGUCUGGUUCAGUUUCCUUCCCCCUAUCGACAAUGAUCCCCGAGGACCUUUUGCAUGUUUUGUCGAAGACAGUGACUCAGUUGGUAACGCACUCCAACACGCGUGUGGGCGACGUUCUAAUCGGCAUCGUUAACCAGGAAAACAGCACACAUCCCAUGCUGCCAGUUAGGUUCAAUCGGCUGGGCUGAUGUACUGCAGAUAACGCUUAAGCAUACGCCAGUCCCGGCCUCGACAUCAAUUUUCAAGGUCUCCUUCUACUGUCACCUCAAUGGCUUUCGGCGCUGGCUGAAAUCUUCUGCUCUUGGAGGAAGAAGGAAUUCAUGAAAAUGAUGAUAUCACGUUCGCCACGUUGUAGACCCGUCCUGAAAGGUUCUGACACUUGCACGGAUCCUGAAAAACCAAUAGUUUUCACCGCCAUUGGCUCUGCUAUGAAGCACGCAUCCAGUAUUGUGCACGGAGUCACACGGAUAACUUGAGCCGUCGCGCCUACAGCAUGAACGUGUUGGGCGACAGUGUGAUUCAGUUGUGCAGUGGCUGUGGGCGAAAUGGUUAAAUUUCUCGUUAAAAGGUUCCGUGAUUAUGACAACGACGAACAUCGGCGCCACAAUAUUCACGAGAAAGUAACCAGACUUCCAAUGACAAAUGUGUGAACUUUUUUCAAACUCAACUCUUUGCAGAUAAGAAUUAUUACAUUUAGUAGGGUUUCUCUCAGUAUUAGUUGCAAAUCUACCUGAACUGACUUUCAUAUAUAAAAACCUAUCUGUCUUACUUUGAUAUAGUCGACAAAGAUCUUUCAGGAGAAAUCCGAGGAUCGGCAUCAUAGUUUAAGGCCCAAGUAUCUUUAGACAGUCAGCGGACUUCAACGGACAAACUAAAGGGAAUAGACAAACUCACACCGCCAAUAACCACAUAUCGUUGGGCGACACUAAUUUUAAUUCUUAUCAUCGAGCACUAAGCCUUUACUUUUCUUCCGCUUGGAAAUAAACGCCAAGUAAACAAACGCCUACGCCACUGUAAAUGUGAUUAAUGACGGCGCCCAGAUGUGUGGGUUCGUCCGUGUUCUGGCGUUUUCAUACGGCUACUUUGACCUCCGGUCUUCGUCGACUGGAGGCUUCUGUUCGCAUCCCUCCAUAUUCGACACCCAAUGGUCACACAAUAAUUGUUCAUGGCAGGUAACACGCCUAUUCCAAUUGCGGUUAUGUUAAGGAUACUCUUUCACUCAAAUCCGUCCAUGUUUACCGUGGCGACUGGUGGCAUUCUUGAAGAAGAAGACACGAUCGACGGGACAAGACCUUUAUUAGCCUGACGUUUCGGAUUCCUGCUCGAGUCCAUCAUCAGAGACAUAAGCAGAUAAGGGUGGUUCAUGCACAUGUGGCUGCAGUAUUUAUAGGAUGCAGUAGCCAUGCCACCGCAUACCUAUGAAUGUUCACGGCUCCCUCCCCUUCAUCAGGGAUCGUUGCACGUGGCGUGAUGGUCGAUAUUCGCGUCGUUAAUUGCUGCAAUUUCAUCACGUGCGUUGGAUGUUGGUGCGAUGAUUGCUCGACCAUCUGACGCGCUGACCCGGGUGUUGGGAAGAGUGUUCAUCAGGGCGCUCCCCGCGUGGCCAAUUUCUUCGCCUAGACGAAGUCUCAGCACGCUGUAUUGAAUGGGAAGAUCAUUGCACUUGUUAAUAGAUUGGGGGCCAGUGAUCUAUGACUCAAGCAGCUCCCGGCUCACGCUGUUGUCACCUCUUGCGAGAAUUUCGGCCUCAUCGAAUUUAAAUGUGUGGCCGGAACCCGUCGAAUGAGCCCCAACUUGAGAGCUGGCGUCAUUUCUCCUCACUGCUGCAGCGUGUUCGGCCAUUCGCGUUCGGAGCUGUCUUCCGGUUUCUCCGACAUAGUUGCUUUGUCCUCAACUGCACCAGAUCCGAUAAACGACUCCAGACGUUUCUUGCCGUGGCAGUGGGUCUUUUGGUUUCAUCAAUUGACGCCUGAUGGUUGCCACUGGCCUGUGUGCAACUCUAUUAUUAAGUCUAUCAACAAGUGCAAUGAUCUUCCCAUUCAAUACAGCGUGCUGAGACUUCGUCUAGGCGAAGAAAUUGGCCACGCGGGGAGCGCCCUGAUGAACACUCUUCCCAACACCCGGGUCAGCGCGUCAGAUGGUCGAGCAAUCAUCGCACCAACAUCCAACGCACGUGAUGAAAUUGCAGCAAUUAACGACGCGAAUAUCGACCAUCACGCCACGUGCAACGAUCCCUGAUGAAGGGGAGGGAGCCGUGAACAUUCAUAGGUAUGCGGUGGCAUGGCUACUGCAUCCUAUAAAUACUGCAGCCACAUGUGCAUGAACCACCCUUAUCUGCUUAUGUCUCUGAUGAUGGACUCGAGCAGGAAUCCGAAACGUCAGGCUAAUAAAGGUCUUGUCCCGUCGAUCGUGUCUUCUUCUUCAAGACUCCUUCCUGGGACUCGUCUUUUCGCUUCUAUUGACUGGUGGCAUUCCUGAUGGCCUUGCGUCUUCACUGCCUCUUAAAAAGCCGGUUCGAAAACUCACGGAGGGCGCAGAUGGGUUUAUGCGACGGUUGACUGAGCAGACUGGUGCAUUCGAAAUUCAUACUGUUGCCUUGAGUUAUUGUCACUCCCGCAAUCCACCACUCUAAAUGACGUCAUAUUUGAAGUUUUAUCUCGUCUGCACUGUAUGAUUUGCCAUCUCUGACUUUGGGCCCAACUUUCGAACAAUCAACUGGUAUUCCGGAAUUGGCGGUCGCAGCUUUCAGCUAGUUUAAUCGAAUGCACUAACCUGCUCCGCAUUCGCAAUGAAGUCGGCAGACGACGGUUGACUUCUGGUUCGGAAUGGGAUCACAGCUGCAAAAACGGAGGCGUGGUGUCAUUCGUUGUAGCCUCCCUCUUGAAGUCCAUUUCCCGCAUACAUAUACGGCAUAAUUUCAAGGCAGGAUACUAUAUACUGGAAUUAUUAUGCGGUCAGGAAGAGGAAGUCAGCCGAGGAUCAUAGACUUCAUGUUGGAAUUUCCAGAUUAACAGUCCUUGUCACGCAAACGGUGACUUGUUGGAGGAUUUAAAGGUGGCGAUGAACCCUAGCCUCCAUAAUUUAAAGCCCUUUAGCUAAAUCAUUGCAAAGCACUUUUAAACCGGACACAUGUGAGGAAUAAUGAUAUUGAUGGGACAUUUUAGUAAAUUGAAAUAUUGAAGGAAUCAUUUCAGACGAAUGUACAUUUUCUAUGCUUCAUGCGAUAGUCUGUACAGUAAUAUGAAUAAAUUACUGCAAAACAAUGAAUUUCAAAACAGCCAAUUGGUAGUUUUUAUGUGGGAGAUGGUUGUGGGCUUUCAGAGGUGUCGGUCAUGUCGAGGGCAUAAGCAGGGUGGGGGAAGAAUUCUGAUAUCGUUGCUUCGUCGCUGCUGUGCGAGGUAGAUGGAUGCGGAAAAGUACAUGCUGGGCCCAUCUCCACCCAGGAUAGUCUGAGGGUUUGUACAAACGACUUCUCUGUGCACAGGCUUGGGUCGGUCAACCGUAUGACACCUCAUCCGACGUCGCAAUUAUCCGCUGGCGCAGAAGCUCGGAGUGUCUCGCCGGUACUUUGUAGGUGAUUUGGAAUGCCUGACCUCUGUCAACCAAGUUAUCCACAAUUGAGCUAGUGAUGGACUUGCCCUCAUCCUGCGGGGCAGGAUAGUGCCCUUGCACCCGCUUAGACAUGUCUGAAGUCGUUCAAACAAUGUAACCUGCUUGCGUAGAUGCACAUUGAGCAAGUAUGAAAGGUAGCCUUUACUUACCUUCAAGGCGAAGAAGCCGGAUGUAUGCGAAGAUGAGUCCUGAUAUUAGGAUGACCGGGCUGUCAGGGCUGGUGGUGGCUGAUUCCAUUCAUGCCUGAGAUUUUGCGAGACGGCUGUGGUUGCUGCUUUUGUAGGUUUGCGAGCCGAGCUUAGGUGUUUUCCUAUUGGUGUGUGUUGCGCUUACCGGGUGGUGGUGUUCAAGGGGCUUAUGUUGUGUUCGCAGGAGAUAGUGGUUCCAAGUGGCGCAUGAGCAGGGUCGACUCUGUGGAGGCAUGUGUGUCUGAAUCGAAAUCGAUGGAGUGACUGCAGGUCAAUACGUCUGGAACUACUCACUGUGAAGGCGGAUAUCGUUAAGGCAACGGGACCCUGAAUAAAAACGCCAGCUUUGACCACGAUGGCCGUGGCUAAUUGCCUUCGUCCGAACGAAGAAGGCGAGUUCGCAUCUCCUGGCAUCUCUCUUGUGACUAAGGAGCGGCGAAGAUCAUAUCGGCUGUUCUGCGGUGUCGUCGGAUGUCACAUUGGCUUCCUGGAUGUAAUUCUUCCUCCAGGUGGCUGUUGAGGUCAUUGGUGAAGUCGAGAAGCCAGAUAUCUCUGUGACUGUCACGAAGUUGUCAGUUCUCCGUACGCUUGUGACGCUGAACGAUUAUCUUAUCCCUGUAAUCUCGGGAGACCUGUUCUUGACGCCAUACCACCUGGAAGAGCGCUGUGAUGCGGGUCUCGCUGAGAGCGCCGAUGUCCACCCCGGUAGUGCGUCGGUUCUCGCGUCACCAUCACCGUCCCCCGUCCCGGUCGGUUGCCCCUCAGAUUGUCUAAAAGGAAAGGAAUUUUUCAGGCAACUAGUGUGAGCGGACUUAUCUUAGAGAUCCAUCGCCCAGCCCAUAAUUUAGUAGGCCUUUCAUUUCAGACGCACAGUGAUCCAAGAAGUCGUCGAUGGGUUCAGACUUGUCAGAACCAGUGAAUAAAUCUACAACGAAGGGCAGGCCAACAACCGGACGGCCACAGACAUAGACUGGAGCCCUUAAAAUCUUUAUUCUGUCAGUGCGCAAUUGAAAGCUCAUUUCCAGAAUUCUCGCUGCCAGCUGACGGUGUAGCUGGUUGAGCAACCCCGUCUAGUACCCAAAUAGACAUAGCACCCGUUCUUCAGGGGCUUGCUAAUGCGCAAUCAGGGGGGGGGGGAUUUGCAAUAGCUUUCGCUGGCUCUUUGGCAACUCUGGAUGGUAGGACCGCAACAUAUUAAGCAGCUUUCCCGUUAGAGACAGCGCAAUUGUACAUAAAGUUGGGAUUUUUGCAAAUCUGUCCGAAAGCAUUUAUCGCCAAAUGCCUUUGUGCGUCCCACGUCCGAAACUGACUCUGUACCAUUUUUCGGUUAUGCCCGUAAAAAACCUACCCGCAGGAACUUCUGGACUCUAUGUAAACAUUUGUCUUUCCGAAGAUUGGUCUGUUACCGUGGAUUAUGUUGAUGGGAGAAAGAACUCAAGUUCAUCAAUGGCGGCAUAAUAUGCAUAUAUGUCCCGCCUUAUUCUCUUGCGCUUAGUACUACGGUGGUGUCCAUAGAAAUAACGCUUCAUAUUUAGUUCCCGUGGACGGCAAAAGCAGUAUAAAAUGGGUAUAUCUGAACUGUCAAUGUGCAAUCUGCUUCGAGAGAUACCAUUCGGCUGCUAGACCUAACUGGUCCUUAAGUAUUUUUAAAUUAAUCUGUAAUCACAUCAAUUAUAGAUCAUAAAAAUAAAAGACACCGAAAGAACUUGCCUUUACGUAUCCCCGCUGCAAACAUUGGUCGAGGAGAAUAGGCAGUUGGAGGAAGCACGACAAUGGCCAAACAGCACGCUCAACAGGCAAGUGCCCUCCACGUGAUCCACUCAAACAAAGUCAUACAUUUAUUAAGCGAUGGAACGUACACUGCAGUUGGCUAAAUCGACACAUGUGUACGGAAAAAUAUUAUCUUAUUUGGCCUACCUGGCUUAUUUUUACGGUAAGCACACACAUGUAAGCGGUACAUUACCUCUCCAAUAUUCAUGCAACAUGAGUGAAUUCAUUGAAGUGGCAUGCACUUGCCUAGUCCCUUUCAAAUCCCCGUUUCUUAACGAAUGAGCAUGUGCUGACAGUGUAUUAAAAUGUAAGUGCCUGGACCUUACGCAUAUAAGCGGGGAACAAUGCGAAAUAUCCAAAGCAGUCUUCGCACCUCAUGCAAAUUAUGGGACACAAAUUCCGCACCCACACUAUACAAGAUCGAAUGUCAUACAACCUGCCCUGGCUCAUAAAAUGUUUCCGGCGCCAGUGAUAGAUAUUUGUUUUUACAACUACUUUACCUCAAGAAAACAGUACGCUAAAUUUCGAGGAAGGAGCUUCAGGCCACAGAAAUCACUUGACGAAAACACUGCCGAAGUGUGUCCGAUUGGGUUUAUAAGUUUCGUGCUUAAAAUAUUAAAAAUAACCUUUGGUACUUAUCUCCUCGUCUAGCGAACAUAAGUAACAUCGUCCGUCCCAAUCUGCUGGAAUUUGCCAGAGUUUGAUCAUUCUUUUCAAACCCUGCUGGCUGCGAAGGAAAUUUGGAUAUUAAUCAAUCAAAUUGACUGUGUUAAAUCGGCAACCACAAUCUACUCGACGCAUUUGACACGGGAAAAAAGUGCAAGGUACGAAGUUUAAUUCCUGCAGCUCACACGAAAAUAUUAUGACUUAUAAGAUGGGUGGUGGUAUCGUUGUGUAUGUGAAUGAAGGUCUGACAGUGUCGGAUAACACCACCAAGUUUGCGUGCAAUACGGAAGCUAUCUGGUUAACCAUCAAGGCUACCGGUUCCCGUGUCUCGAUGUCCUCACUGUCUACCGACCAUCUAGGACAGACCGAAUCGCCGACACUCAACUAUUGGAGCAGAUGGACAAAUUUUCCAGUCGACCUAACAUCAUGAUCAUGGGCGACUUCAACGCACCAGGAACAAACUGGAAUACCCUCCAAGCGUCAGGUCCAAAAUCGGCAUUCGAUUACCGCCUGUUGAGCAAAACAUUAAAUGCAUGCCUCAUCGACUUCCAGAAGGCGUUCGACACUGUGCCACACCAGGGGCUUUUACAUAGACUACAAAAAAUAUGGAUCGGUGGCAACUUCCUUAAAUGGAUCGAAAACUUCCUUGUGGGUCGACAGCAGAUUGUGUGCAUCGGUCAAGGGAAGUCAGAUCCUGCUAUGGUCGACAAUGGUGUCCCCAAGGGUUCAGUAUUGGGACCCAUUUUGUUCCUUAUCUACGUGGACGAUGCCGCAAGAGCUUUAGACGGCGAAGUUACAAUGUCUGCGGAUGACAUGAAGAUGUGGAGUGUAAUUCGGGGUCCUGCCGACGAAGACGAAUGAGCCUAAAUCGGUUGAAGGAGUGGUCAAACCGUUGGCUCCUGCGCUUCAACGUUGCCAAAUGUAGCAUACUUCGCCUAGGCAACACAGCCAGAUCCGCCAGCACAAGAGGCCACUUUCUGGGUGCUGCGGCCCUACAAGAGGUCGAAGCCUAAAGGGACUUCGGUGUGCUAACGACGAGUUCCCUAAAACCAUCCGCCCACUGUUCGAGGGUGGCAAAAAGCGCAAUGUCCGUACUGUACGCCAUAAAGCGCGCGUUUAUGGACUUUGACGAAGAAGCUUUCUCUAAGACAUUCGGAACAUUCGUCCGGCCGCAUUUAGAGUACGGCAUAAAGCUUGGAGGCCGUGGGCUGUUGACGAUCAAAACUGCCUCGAAAGGGUCCAGAGGAGAGCCAUGAAGAUGGUUAGGGGUCAAAGUUCCUUCCUUAUGCAACCCGCCUAGUAAAUUUAAACCUCUUUCCUUUAAGUUACAGGCAACUUCGCAAGGAUCUCUUGCAAGCCUUCCGCAUUCUUAAGGGGUUGGAUUGCAGUCUGGCCUUCGAGGACUUUUUUGAAUUUGCUACCACGACCAACCUCCAAGGACACCCAUUAAAACUGUGCACUCAGCAGGCAAGGCUGAAUGUGCGGAAGUUCUCCUUCUACGUUCGAGUGGUCAAACCAUGGAAUGCCCUUCCCGCAGAUGUUGUGAUGUCAUCAUCCACGCAAAGUUUUAAAAAGAAUCUUGAUAUAUUUAUGUUCCGAAGUGACCAAGAGCGAUGAGAAAUCGAGCUCACCCCCUGUAACUCCUUCUCAUUUUGUCCCACCAUUAUGGGCGUGUUCGAACUAUUUCAGCCCAGAACAUCUAUCUGUAUACCACACAUAUUCUAAGUUGCAAAUAGGGUACUUAAAGGCUUACGCCUAUUUCCCUCAAUAAACUGAAAUGAGCUGAACUUAACUGAAUCAUUUUCUUCAUUACGGUUAUGUCGUUCAAAUUCUGUAUUAAAGACUAUACGUGAUCAGAAAUGUAUGUUCAUAUCUAUAACGUUUUUCGUAGCUUCAUCUUCACUUUAAUCUUUACCUUCAAUAAGAACCCCAGCAAGUUCUGCUUUUUCCGCUAGCCAUGUUAAGCAAUUGAACCAAACGUAAUGUAAUGCCUCCCGUAAGGAUGAUCACGUUGACAUUCAUCACUGGAUUCGCUUAUAAACCUUAGCUGCAACUGCAUCAAAUUCUGACAAAGAGUACAGUCUAAAGACACUUAAAGAUUAGAUGAAUCUGCGAGCCAUUGGAUUUGUCAACGCAAGGGUUUCUGCGUUCACUGAUUUGGUCGAUCCUUUGCCGAUCAGGUCGAGCGUUUAGGUAUGUUGCGUUAUUUUGAAAUGGUGUAAGUUUAUACAGGUGGAGGUAGGUGCAUGCGGUAAUGGGCUGACUUCACGGUUCGUUAUCUCUCGUUAACUGCCUAGUUAUUUUAAUUCUGUCCCUUGUAGUAAAUUUUGUCCAACGCCCUCACUUCUCUAAUCUUUAGUCCCGAAACUUCCUGCAGCGCCUCGAGAUGAUGCUGUUUCGCGGAUAUCGCUUAGCCCCGCUUCGUUUUGUAAUCAGCCAUACUCAGACAGCAUCUUUGGGCACGGCAGCAUUUCCUGUCGACCUUAAUCAUGUGAGUUCCUUGGAACAUCGUUGUAGUAGGUUCUUGACAUCUUGGUUUUAGUUAUGUCAUCAACACCACUCCCUUUAAAGGGAGUUCAUAGUUUUCGUACCGUGCGUUUUGCGUACUUUGCUUUGAUGUCUUCCUUCAAUUUCACUGGCAUAUUCUGUCCCACUUUUAACAAAUGCAUCUGUCCUUAUUUCUCUAUCAUAGGUCACACUGCUGGGCAGUGUCGCAUCCAAUGGCGUUACAAUCGAAUCAUGGAAGGGUGAUCGCGAACUGGCAGUUUUCAAUCUUCUUACUCGUGCGCGUUACCGUAGCGCUGAUCGCUUUCUCAUGAAAUUGGUAUAUCACAGGUUUGUUAUCAAGUUUGUGACUGUUGCCAUAACGAACUAUUAGCUUCUAGGGCGCAUGUUUUAUCGCGAUCACAAAUUUAAGAUCCAAUUGAUUAGUCGGUGCGUCAGUUUAUGUUCAUGCGGUUUAUAUGUCUAAGUCAAGUAAGCUUAUCACUGAUAAAAGCACCUAUUACUCAAUUUCGGCACAUUUAAGGCCUGCCAAAUCGUAGCUAUCUUACCAGCGAAAUCGACUGCAUCGGAGUUUGCCUAUUCCAUGCAGUUCCCCCAACUGUCGUCCACAACAACGCUGAAAAUGAAUUAAGACAGAAAGUUGGCCGGUUAGACUGAGUAGAAAGUGAAAGCACGGUCGACGAGGACCUGUAGUAGGUUCUAUCUCAGACCAGUUUUCCAGCCGGCAAGAAGAGGGGUCGGCAGGCCUGUCCUCGUCAGGACAAUCGGUUGGGUUCAGAUUGUCCGUUUCUGUUUGGGAAAGUAGCUCCCGACCAACAGCGCCCCUCCUGGAUGUACACAGCGAAGAAUGAUUGUUUUGGUUGCUCGCCAAACGUGCCGCCUCCGUUUUCCGAUGCGCUUAUGAACGCAAUUAGUCCACACAGUACCUUUCGAAUGCAAGCUUUUUUAUAUUACCAGUGCGUGCGCGCCCUGUGGUUAUUCCUUUGUAAAGUAAACUUUUCAAGCUGACGAAUGAUUGAUUUAUAGAUCGCUUUGGGCAUUACAACGUUGCAUUUGCUAAGUUUUAAUUCAAGGACAUCAACACUUUUGUUGUUGAAAAAAUGUGUUCAAAGACAGAGUCUACCCGGAAGUUUGCCCACUGUUCAUGCGUUUUUUACGCGGAUCUCAAAAACCUUGCACGCGAUUCAUCCGUCAUCUGUAUGCCCUCUACAUAGAGAUGACGGUCCGGAGAAUUGUAGCCUCAUACAAGAAUUCUCGGGUGUUCGGCCUUACGUCCGUAAAUCAGUGUUUCGGGACGGUUCAGCAACGUACUUCAUUCCCAGAAUUCUUCACGCAGUCACCGUUAACACUUGUUUUGGAGAUUUUGUCUGGAGCCGCUUGAGAGAAGUCUGGCGCAACCUAAACCGUAGUAGCCAAUGAAAUGACCGGUGCAGUCCAGAUUCAUUCGCAUGUUAAGGUAAAAUGCCUAGGCAGCCGGGUUUAACCCCACGAGGACUCAGUAUGGUUCCCGGCUUCCGCGAACGAUGGCAUCUGCGUAUUUCUGCCAACUUCACGACACUUACAGAUUCGAAUAAUUUGCGGGCCAGGUCUUAUGUGUAUGUGCUCACGUUUAAGCGGUCGUCUGGACUCCAUAGUCAAGUUUCCAGACAGGGAAGAAUGAAAAAAUAUACUGGGUCUUAGGAUGCUUCGGUUACAACUAGACGUCUCCAGCGUUAGUCUCACAGACGACUUGCAGAGACAAACCCGUGCCAAAAAUUGUGUCAGUGAUUCAGGUCUUCUUUCAUGCUGUUGAGUCUGUUUUUUUAAAAUUUAGAAUCCACGUUUUCGACCAGCCACUCAUAAACAGAAUAAGGGGUUUGUGUCAGGGCGACCGUGUCUGUGUCAUUGGAGCUCUUACUUCUUUCCGCAAAUCAUCAAAUGAUUGGAUGCAAUGCAUCACCGCACAGAACGUCAUCCUUCAUGGUGCAGCUGGCCAGGAAGUUGAGCCUCCAGCAGAGGACCUUGCCGGAACGGCAGACGAACCCUGA